UCGUUGCGUUGGGUAGACGCGCGUACAUUCGUUCCGGUUCCGGUGGAGAUCAGCACUUAGCACAUUUCUUUUCCUAGAACUGUAGGUAGUCCUACCAAGAAGAACAAGUGAGUAAGGAUGCUGCCUGAAGUGGGUGGCGGGUGAACGCAAUUGGUGCUUCGAGUGACGAAAUUCUACCACCUGUUGAAAAGAGGGCGCUGGCUGCGGUGGUCGGAUCAACCGACGGGAGCACUGAGGAUGCCGCCAAAGGACUACGGCGACGGCUGACGGCGCCUGUUUACACCGUGAAAACAUUCAACCGUGUACAUUUGAUGUGGGGCGUUGAGUACAAAGCAGUGCGAGAAAACGCGCAGUGUCAGCCUAUCCGUGCUCUGUUCCGUUGAAAGUUCUCCGCUUAAAGUUAAAAUAAAUAUGGUUGAUGUGAAAAAAAUUUAGAGUAAAUAUUUCCUGUGCAAACUCUGUGUUGCUGUAUGUAGCAGUGCAACAAGAAGCGGUGUGUUUGUCUUUCGAGUCGAAUAUUUGUGAGUUAUUAUCGACCGGAGCGCAGAUUCGGCCAAACAAGAUAACCGAAGAUUCGUGGAGAUUGUAUCUCCCGUGCUGUGCAAAUUGGGUGUACGCUACUCGGUGUGCCGUUUGUUAUCAGUGUUUAGAUUCUAAGUAGUAGAUUUGCUCGUUGCAAACCAACCAUAGCCGUUUGUAUUUACUAGUGUAAGCCCUGCUGAUGCUCGCUAGUCGAAAAAGUGGCGAAAAAGUUGUUCAACGAUUCACGUGAAUGUCAGUGUUUAGAGUAGAUCUGUUUAGCUCUGGCAGUGGAGAAAAAGAAGUGCGUGUAUUUUUAUUACUAUUCACACAGUCGGUUGCAGUACCUAGCUUAGUUACUAUACACAAAUUCAAUACUAGGUGAAAACCGGUGCAAACCGAUGGAAAACGUUUCAACUCGCUGUGUUAGUAUUAUUAAGCGCUUGCCGUAUUGAUUUUGCUCUGUGAAGACGAUUCACUGACAACGUAGAUUACGCCGAGCAUCGAGUACAGGAGAGCGAAAGAGGGGUCAAGGUGCUGUCGAACAGUCAAGAGCGUGUAGCAGCGGCACCAAAAAUACCGGCGACGACAGACUCAGUCAGGAGAAGGCCUCCAUUAUCCGGGGCCGAUUGUCGUCGCUAAGCGUCGGAACCGCACGUCAUGACGUCACCUCUGCCAUUGCUUCGUUCGUUCUCGACCGAAAACCAAAACCGUGACUGGUGUAAGCGAUUCUCUCUGCGAGUUAACCGGAAGAACGCCGCCGAUGGAAGGCUGGAUUUCGCCAAUCUUCGCAAAAACAAAUUCGCCCGCCGCUGUUCUUCACUGCGACAGCCACCGCCGGAGCAAGGAAACGUGACUCUAGAGCUGGAAAGUGCCUCGCCUGCCCAUUCGAUGCCGGUCAUACACGAGGUCAAUUCUCCCAAGAAGCCCAAGUGGGAGGUGAUUGAGCACUUCAAGAGCAGCGGCCGUGGCGGCCAGGAAUCUAUUAGCAGCAGUCUGAUUGCGGCAGGAGUGACGGCGUUCAAUCUAGAUGACACCACAUCCAAUUACUCGGGAAAUACGUCACUGCGGAAGAAGAGCUUCCAAAUCUACGGUGCCGCAGCCCCCGACGAGCUCGAGCCACUGAAUAAUGGUGACCGCAAUGGCGCCGGCAGCAUCGAUGGGAUGUGCGAUACUUCACGGUGCUGGAGCCACAUCAAAUGUCUGUUUAAUGGAAUCAUCUGCUCCCACAAAUUCAAGAAUGUUCAGGUGGAGAUGUUGUAUCAGCGCUACUUCCUCCGGAUGAACCAAAGCAAUGCAGUGCACAUCGUGUGGCUCCUGUUAGGAUUAAUUUUCAUCUUAGCGUUAAUACAUCUGGUGUUUACCUUCAUCCUGCAGCAGUCGCUGGAGAGCUGCCACGGGUUCGUUGGAAUCGAUGGUUGGAACUCAACAGCACCGCCGUUAUCACCAGCGACUUUGGAUGCGACCGUGCCGAGAUUAUCGGAACCACUUCCGGCGGGGCUGCCCCCUAGUGGCAGCGAUUCGCACCCGUCACAGUACAGUGAUGCUGGGCAAGCCGAGUUGGGUGCUUUAAGCGGGGAUGCCCACGGAGAAAGCUCCGCUAAUGCCAUCAUCAGUGACACCGGCUGGUGGGAUGACAGUAGUGGAGAUGGCAUAGGGACUGAAAGUGAGGUUAGCACUAGUGGUAGUAAAACCAGAAACGCUCGAACAAGUGAAAAUUUUCUCGGGAACUUAUUCCCCACCGGUGACAUUGUGGAUUCACACGACGGGAAAAUUGUCCGGCCUAACGAGGAUAAUAAUGAUGUUAACAAUAUUGUAAUUAAUCACGAAGAAAGUUCGGGGUUGGGGGUCCCGAUUCCGCAGGGUGGCGUGUGGAAGCGACGAAGAAGGAGAAAGCGACGGCGAAGUCGAUGGGAAAGUGAUGAUGACGACAACCCGAUGCAGGAUUCCUACGGAGGGGAGAUAAUCGCCGUGGACCAAGAAAGUCCCCCUGCUGACGAUGGUGAUAUCGAUGGCCUAACCGGCAACGAAAACGGUAACGAUGGCAACCUCACCGGGCGACCGAGGUUUUCCACCUUGCCGACCGAAGUAACAACAAUGGAGCCGAAGAAUGGAACCGACGAUGGCGACGAGAACCAAAGCCUAUGCAGUCGGGAUUAUUUUACCCUGCUGAAGAACAACAUGACCCAGCUGAUCCUGAUAGGAGUCUGUGCUACGGUUUACGCACUGCUGCUGAUGUGUCUCUACAAGCAACGAAUCAACGAAAUUUACCUGUUUCAGGUGUCGUACGUCGUCAUGGCGACCCUGCUGGCGCUGGACGUCUGCUUCAGCUUUACCACUUCGGCCAAAAAGUUUACCUCAUCGGGAGGCUGCACCGUAAUUGCAAUAUACAUCAUCUACACGAUGCUUCCGAUCCGGUUGCGAGAGGCCGUCGUCGGUGGUACUUUGCUGUCCGUGUCGCACGUACUACUAACCUUCCACAUGAACGAUUCCGACGAUUAUGACGUGUUGUACGCCGACCUAAUCACGCUGGCCUGCACCAACGCCACCGGCAUUUUGCUACACUGGCCAAAGGAGAAAUCUCAGCGGAACGCGUUCAUGGAAACGCGACAGUGCGUUGAAGCGCGGCUACGGAUUCAGCGGGAAAAUCAAAAGCAGGAGCAGCUGCUACUGUCAGUGUUGCCACGGCACGUGGCAAUGGAAAUGAAGAACGACAUCGCCGGUCAACCGCGAGAGGAAGCUCAGUUCCACAAGAUCUACAUCCAGCGACACGAGAACGUUAGCAUUCUGUUUGCAGAUAUUUGCGGCUUCACCAGCCUAUCGGAUCAGUGCACCGCCGAGGAGUUGGUAAGGCUACUGAACGAAUUGUUCGCCAGGUUCGAUCGGCUUGCUCAGGAGCAUCACUGUCUGCGUAUCAAGCUGCUAGGUGAUUGCUACUACUGUGUAUCCGGAUUGCCGGAAGCCCGACCGGAUCAUGCGAUGUGCGCCGUCGAAAUGGGUCUGGAUAUGAUCGAUGCGAUUGCCCUGGUGCGUGAGGUGAUGGCCGUCAAUGUCAAUAUGCGAGUCGGUAUCCAUACGGGGAGGGUGCACUGCGGUGUGCUGGGCUUGAAGAAAUGGCAGUUCGAUGUGUGGUCCAAUGAUGUUACGCUGGCGAAUUAUAUGGAAAGUGGUGGUGUACCCGGGCGGGUUCACAUCACGAAGGAAACGCUUAACUCACUGGGCGAUCACUACGAGGUUGAGGAAGGGAAAGGCCAUGAGAGGAAUAACUACCUGAAAGAUCAUCAAAUUCAGACUUAUCUGAUAGUUCCUAAGGAAUCUUAUAGAGCGCAUACCAUGUCUAAGCAGUCAUCAUCGGUGAACGGAAACAUCUCCAAGGAGCUGCGGAUGAUGGGACACUGGUCCAAGAUGGGCUUCAACGAUAAGCAGGAACCUAAAAGCACCGAAGAAGAAGUCAACGAGUAUUUGAUCAAGGCGAUCGAUGCGCGGUCGAUCGACAGGCUGCGGUUGGAUCACUGCAAGCGUUUUCAUCUCACUUUCAUCAAGGACGACAUCGAACGGAAGUACUGCCGCGAGCCGGAUCCUAUGCUGAAUGUGUACUUUUACUGCAGUAUUAUUAUAUUUUUCGGGAUCAUGUCGAUCCAGGUGCUAAUAUUCUCAAUGGACCAAUAUAGCUACUGGGUGUACGGCAUUCUGACCGUAGCCCUGUUAGUGUCCUGUGUUCCUGUCUUCUCGCGAGAAGAUACCAAUAUCUCCACCUUCUUCCGGGUGAUAUCUCAGAAGAUCCACAGCCACCGGGAGAUUGCACAAGUGAUAUCGUUAUGCGUGGUUGUUACUGUGAUAUGUUUGUCUUACUACAAACUGACUUUUAUCUUAUAUCUAUCGCUAUCAAAUGAAUAUUUUCUAGUGCGGCCUAACAACUGUAAAGAAUCUAAAAUUUUCAAUAUUCUACUGCUUCUAACCUUGCUUGCCUUACUGACCUGUGCGGUUCAUCAGUUCAUUAAGAUUCUGUUCAAAAUCGUCAUUCUGGUGGUUAUCCUGGUCUGCUACGUAGCUUCAAUCGUCGUUUUGGCGCUUAUUUUCGACCGCCACUGUGAACCUUGGUUCCUCACCACCGAACGGUUUCUGAUCGAUGUCGCUUUCUUGGUGGUGUUUGUGAUUGGUCAAAUUAUGCACAGCCAGCAGACCGAAAUCACGCGCCGCUUGGACUACAUCUGGAAGCUACAGGCGACCGAGGAGAAGGAGGACAUGGAGCAUCUUCAGGCGUACAACCGGAAGCUGCUGGCAAACAUCCUGCCGGUGCACGUGGCUGACCAUUUUCUGCGGCGGGAGAAGAACAUCGAGGAGAUUUACCACGAGCAGUGCGACAAGGCGUGUGUAAUGUUCGCGUCCAUUCCAAACUUUUCCGAGUUUUACAUCGAACUAGAGGGUAACAACGAAGGGGUCGAAUGUCUGCGGCUGCUGAACGAAAUCAUCGUCGAUUUCGAUGAGCUUCUGGGUCAGGAACGGUUUCGGCACGUGGAGAAAAUUAAAACCACCGGAUCGACCUAUAUGGCCGCAUCCGGGCUUACGCUGGGCACGGCCGAUACGGCCGAAUCGGGUCACGUGGUCGCCAUGAUGGACUACGCUCUGGAGCUGUUCCAGAAAAUUACCGACGUCAAUGAGCAUUCCUUUAAUAAUUUUAGAAUGAGAAUAGGAAUUAAUGUCGGCCCGGUAGUGGCCGGAGUGAUCGGAACGCGCAAGCCACAGUACGACAUCUGGGGCAACGCGGUGAACGUGGCCUCCCGUAUGGAUUCGACCGGCGUUAUGGACCACAUUCAGGUGACGGAAGAUGUGUUCGAGAUCGUUAAGGACAAGGGGUACAACCUGACCUGCCGAGGGACAAUCAACGUGAAGGGCAAGGGAACGAUGGUCACCUAUCUGAUGCCGGGAAUUGCCAAAGAGCCGAACUAAGAGCUGUGCUUGUGUUCCUGCGCCAAAGGCUAGUGUGUUGUGUAGUGAGCGAAUUUAUACGUAUGUUGAGACUUCCUGCGGAACUGAAAGUAUUCCAAGACAUAUCAGAAGUGUUGAUUUUUCGGUAGCCAGGAAUAUUUUACGAAAAUGUUACUGAAAGAUGAUGAAAGAAUAUAGAUUUGUAGCUCAAGGAACCGCACCGAUUGUAUUAGAUAAAAACUUUGUACUACCGUUGAGGAAAUAACGUUCAGCCAUCUUGCGUAUUAUCUGUUAUCAACAGACUAGUAGAGAAACUCUAUCGUUUAGAAGCAUCAAAAAUUCACUAUAGUCGUAAAUUGGAACGAAUCAGAACAGAAAUGCUCUCAAUAAAUUGCUUAGAAAUUAAUGGAAA